AUGGCUGAGUUUGCGAGCGCCGUCGUGGGCCUCGCAACGGCGGCAGCACAUGUGGGCGGCAAUCUCUACGUCCUUAUUCAUACGCUCAAAGACGCCCCGAACGAAUUCCUCACUUUGUCAGACGAAUUAAACGACUAUAGAAAAAUGCUGGCCAGGCUCCGGGACCUGGCGCAAUCCAAAGACAUGGCGGCUAUCGAGACCGAUGACUUCGACGCGGCAAGGAAACGAGGCGGAGAGAUUGUGAAGGAGAUUGAAGUUCUAAUAGCUAACGUCCAGAAAGGACGGGAUGCUGGGAAUGGGGACAGCAGAGUUGACAGGCUUUGA